ACGCGGGAAGUGGCGGGCGGGGACUGAGGGGGGCGUGCAGGUGAGGUAACCGGCUGAGGGUCGCCGGCAUGGCCGAGGCUAGGAAGCGGCGGGAGCUGCUUCCCUUGAUCUACCAGCACCUGCUGCAGGCGGGCUACGUGCGCGCGGCGCGGGAGGUGAAGGAGCAGAGCGGCCAGAAAAGUUUCCCGACUCAGCCUGUAACCCUUCUGGACAUCUAUACGCACUGGCAGCAAACCUCAGAGGUUGGCCGGAAGCGGAAGGCAGAGGAAGAUGCGGCACUGCAGGCCAAGAAGACCCGUGUGUCAGACCCCAUUAGCAGCUCGGAGAGCUCAGAAGAGGAGGAGGAGGAGGAGGCGGAAGCUGAAACCUCCAAAGCCACCCCAAGACUAGCAUCUACCAACUCCUCAGUGGUGGGGGCAGUUUUGCCUGCAAGCAUGAAAGAAAAGGCCACGGCAAAGACCGCGAAAGCCAGCAAGACGGUGAACUCCACGCUACGCCCUGCCUCCGGGAAGGCAGUGGCCCACCUCUCUGGAAUGGCAUCGGCAGGCCGGGCUGACAGUUCCAGUGAGGACACCUCCACCUCGAGUGAUGAAACAUACGUGGAGGUGAAACCCUCAGUAAAACCACCCCAGGUCAAAGCCUCGCCAGCCGCUGCCAAAGAGUCUGCAGGGAGAAGGGCAGCCCCAACCCCUGGGAAGGCAGGAGCUGUGACACCCCAAGUCAGGGGAGGUGCCGUGACCCCAGCUGGCAGGGCCAAGAAGCCAGAAGAGGACUCAGAGAGCAGUGAGGAGGAAUCUGAGAGUGAGGAGGGGGCCCCUGAGGGGACCCCCAGCCAGGGGAAGGCCGCAGAGAAAUCUGUCUGGGUCAAAGCUGCCUCAGGUUCCGCCGAGGGGACCCCUGGGAAAGGAGCCACCCCAGCACUCACUGGGAAGACAGGACCUGCAGCUGCCCAGGCCAAGGCAGGGAGGCCAGAGGAGGACUCGGAGAGCAGCAGCGAGGAGUCGGACAGUGAGGAAGAGACUCCAGCUGCCAAGACCCCGCUCCAGCCCUCAGGGAAGACCCCCCAGGUCAAAGCUGCCUCAGUCCCCACCAAGGAGUCCCCUAGGAAAGGGACCACCCCAGCACCCCCUGGCAAGGCAGGGCCUGUGGCUGCUCAGGCCAAGGCGGGGAGGCCAGAGGAGGACUCAGAGAGCAGCAGCGGGGAGUCGGACAGUGACGGGGAGGCGCCAGCAGCCAGGCCUCUAACCUCCAGCUCAGCUCAGGCAAAGCCUUUGGGGAAAAACUCGCAGGUCAGAGCUGCCUCGACUGUGGGCAUGGGGCCCUCAGGGAAGGGUGCCGUCCCAGCACCCCCUGGGAAAGCGGCAUCUACAGCCACCUUGGUCCUGGUGGGGAAGCAAGAGGAGGACUCGGAGAGCAGCAGCGAGGAGUCAGACAGCGAGCGGGAGGCGCCAGCCCAGGCAAAGUCCUCAGGAAAAAUCCUCCAGGUCAAAUCUGCCACAGGUCCCGCCAAGGGACCCCCUCAGAAGACAGGGCCUGUAGCCACCCAGAUCAAGGUCGAAAGGUCGAAGGAAGACUCAGAGAGCAGCGAGGAUGAGUCGGAGAGUGAGGAGGAGGUGGCUGCAGCCGUGACUCCAGCCCAGGCAAAACCUGCUAUGAAAACUCCUCAGACCAAGGCCUCCCCAACGAAGGGCUCCCCCGUGACCCCCGCGUCUGCCAAGGUCCCCGCAGCGCGAGUGGGCACACCAGCCCCCUGGAAAGCAGAAGCAGUGACUUCACCAGCCUGCGCAUCGUCCCCAGCUGUGGCCAGGGGCACCCAGAGGCCAGAGCAGGACUCUUCAAGCAGCGAGGAGUCCGAGAGUGAGGAAGAGAAAGCUCCUGCUGUAGCAGUGGGACAGGCAAAGUCUGUGAGGAAAAACCCCCCAGCGAAAGCUGCCUCUGCGCCCACCAAGGGGCCAUCAGGGCAGGGGAAUGCCCCACUACUCCCUGGGAAGGCAGGGCCUGCAGUGGCCCAGGUCAAAGCUGAGAUGCACGAUGACUCAGAGAGCAGUGAGGAGGAAUCCGACAGUGAGGAGGUGGCAGCGACUCCAGCACAGGUGAAGCCCUCAGUGAAAACGCCUCAGACCAAAGCCAGCCCAGCUUCUGCCAGGGCGGCUUUAGCCCCAGGGCCAUCAUCAGCUGUCAGAAAAGUGGUCACUGCAGCUGCUCAAGCCAAGCAGGGGUCCCCAGCCAAGGUAAAGCCACCAGCAAGAACCCCCCAGAGCAGUGCCAUCUCGGUGAGGGGCCAAGUGUCUGUGCUAGCGGGAGGAAAGGCAGAUGCCGCAGCAGCCAGGGCCCAGCCGGGGCCAGUCAGGGGCUCACAGGAGGACUCGGAGAGCAGCAGUGAGGAAGAUUCGGACAGCGAGGGGGCGGCACCGGUGCCGGCACAGGCAAAGCCCCCAGGGAAGACCCCCCAGCUCAGAACUGCCUCAGCCCCCACCAAGGGGUCCCCCAGAAAAGGGGCUGCCUCAGCACCCCCUGGGAAGACAGGACCCACAGCCACCCAGGUGGGGAAGCAGAAGGAAGACUCAGAGAGCAGCAGCCAGGAGGAGUCAGAGAGCGAGGGGGCAGCGCCCUCUCAGGCAAAGCCCUCAGGGAAGACACCCCAGGUCAGAACGGCCUCAGCCCCCACCAAAGGGUCCCCCCAGAAAGGGGCUGCCCCAGCACCCCCUGGGAAGACAGGACCCACAGCCAGCCAGGCUGCGAAGCGGGAGGAGAACUCGGAGAGCAGCAGUGAGGACGAUUCGGACAGCGAGGGGGUGGCGCCCGCUCAGGCAAAGCCCUCAGGGAAGACCACCCAGGUCAGAACUGCCUCAGCCCCCAUCAAGGGGUCCCCUCGGAAAGGGGCUGCCCCACCGCCCCCUGGGAAGACAGGACCCACAGCCACCGGACCCACAGCCACCCAGGCUGGGAAGCAGGAAGAGGACUCGGAGAGCAGCAGUGAGGAGGAGUCAGACAGCGAGGGGGCGGCGCCAGCUCAGGCAAAGCCCUCAGGGAAGACCGCCCAGGUCAGAACUGCCUCAGCCCCCACCAAGGGAUCCCCCCGGAAAGGGGCUGCCCCAGCACCCCCUGGGAAGACAGGACCCACAGCCACCCAGGCUGGGAAGCGGGAGGAGAACUCGGAGAGCAGCAGUGAAGAGGAGUCAGACAGCGAGGGGGCAGUGCCGGCAGCUGUGACACCAGCCCAGAAGGAGGGUGCUUCCCAAACUGCCAGAAGCAAGACCCUGGGCCCAGCACUUCCGGAGAAGAAGGCACAGGGGUCCUCGGAGAGCAGCGAUGAGGAGCUGCCCGCAGGCCAGGUGAUUAAAUUCCCUCUGAUUUUUGUCGACCCUAAUCGUAGUCCAGCUGGCCCAGCUGCUACCCCCGCACAAGCCCAGGCUGCGAGCGCCCCGAGGAAGGCCCAGGCCUCGGAGAGCACAGCCAGGAGCUCCUCCUCAGAGAGCGAGGAUGAGGACGUGGUCCCCGCUACGCAGUGCUCAACUCCUGGUGAGCGCGGGCCCGCUGUGAGAACCAAUGUGGUGAGCGUGCCCCCGGCCAACCCACGGACAGCUCUCCGAGCCGGCGCCGUUGGGGCCAGCAGCGGUGAGGAGGCCGGCCGGGCGUCGGAAGGCAGGAAGCAGGAGGCGCAGGUGACAAAGAAGAACCCAGCUCAUCUCCCGCUGACCCAGGCCGCCCUGAAGGUCCUUGUCCAGAAAGCCAGUGAGGCCCAGCCUCCUACUGCCAGGACCCCAUCUUCAAGUGGGGUUGACAGCGCUCUGGGAACUCUCCCUGUGACGAGUCCCCAGAGCACCCCUGUGCCAGCCAAAGUGACCAACAGGCUUGGAAAGCCCAAGGUUCCUGAGGUCCAGCGGGCCGUGGCCACUUCCUUGGGACGCCCCAAAGCCAAGGCCUCUGGGACUUCAGAUGACAGUGAGGACAGCAGCAGCUGCUCUUCAGGGAGCAAGGAGGAUGCUGAGGCGACCCAGAGGCUGGUAGGUGCAGCCCUUUCCAGGAGGGAGACCUUGGUGGAGGAGACCACAGCAGAGUCCAGCGAGGAGGAGGUGGUGGCGCCUUCCCAGUCUCUCCUCUCAGGUUAUGCAACCCCUGGGCUGACUCCAGCCAAUUCCCAGGCUUCAAAGGCCACUCCCAGGCCAGACCCCAAACCCUCAGUUUCCUCUACUCCGGCUACCAAAGAUGCCCUAGACGGCAAGCGGGAAGUGGAGCCCCAACAACCAGCUGCCACCAUGUCCCCUCAAACAGGCAGAAGAGACCCUGGCACCACACCUCAGAAGCCCAGGAAGGGGGCUGGGAGCCCCCAAGCCUCAAUGCUGGCACUGCAGAGCGACAUCACUCGGCGCCUCCUGAGCGAACCCUGGCCCCUGAGCGAGGCCCAGGUCCAGGCGUCGGUGGUGAAGGUCCUGACAGAGCUCCUGGAGCAGGAAAGGAAGAAGGCCGUGGAUGCCGCCAAGGAGAGCAGCAGGAAGGGCCGGGUGGGUCGCAAGCGGAAGCUGUCGGAAGACCAGCCGGCUGCCAGGACCCCCAAGAGCAAGAAGAAAAAGCAGCUCGCGGCCGGGGAGGUUGGGGAGGGUGCUGUUUCCCCAGAAAAGGGCCCCAGGACUCUCAAGGGGAAAUCCAAGAAAGACAGAGCAAGUGGUGACAUCAAGAAGAAGGAGAAGGAGUCUCUUGGCCAAGGGGCCAAGGAGAAGCCAGAAGGGGAGCCGGCGAUGGUGUCAAUUGUGGGUGAAGACCCAGGCAACCCAAAGAGCAAGAAGGAGAAGAAGAAAACUGACAAGAGAAAAAAAGACAAGGAAAAGAAGGAAAAGAAGAAGAAAGCAAAGAAGGCCUCCACCAAAGCUCCUGACUCACUAAUCCAGAAGAAAAGGAAGAAAAAGAAGAAGGCGGCAGAGCAGACUGUCUGAGGGGCACAAAGCGGCAGGGAUUUCUCAGACAAGCAGUGACCAGCCCCACGCCUCUGCCCACCAUGGGUUGGAAUUGAAUUUGUGACUUCCCCUCCCUCUCCAGAAGAAGACAGCUAGCCACACUGUCCGCUCUGGCUGAGCCAGUGAGCCCUGCAGAGAGGCUGGUGCCGGGAGGAGGAAGUGCCCCCCCGCUCCCGUGACCUGCACUCACUGACGCCGCGCCUGACCCCCUCCCGACACACAACGCUUCGUAUAGAUGUGUACAGUAUAUAUAUAUUUUUUUAAGUGAUCUGCCCCUCGCCCCUCCAGCCCAACCUGCCCCCUCAGCCCCCUCCGGACUUUCCACCUGUCUGGCCUGCAGACCCAGCGAGGCCCAGCCUGUGGCUCCUUCCAUGUCUUUGGUCUCCAGCUCCUGCUGAGGCCUUAUCCUCCGUUUGUCAGUUCUUCCCCAUUUUGUUUGUGUUUUUCUUUUUUUGUAAGAACUCAGAAAAUAAAAGACUUGAAGGAAAGGUACAAGUUCCUGGUACACUGGGGCAAA